UUCACUUUGCCAUGCUGACAGGCACCUCCUCAGCAGUAGCAGGCCCUUGGGGCCUCCGAGGAGAGGGACAUCGUACCUUAGUUUAGAGAACCUGAGAUAAGCCCCCUGAGAUCUCCAACCUGGGCAGGGGCCCCCCCUGCCUUCCACCAUUUUCGAAGAUUGGAAAGCCCUUGGGGUGAGGAAGACAGGACUAGCCGUUACAAAAAAACCCACUCUGUGCAUCUUAAAUGAGGCCUCCUCUUUCCUUAAAGUUAAAUACAAUUUCAAAGGCCAUUUCGGGAGUUUGUUGCAGCAACAACCAGCUUCUCCUCUACGCGGUGGAAAAUCCAGCAGCCUAAAGGCAAACCGGCGCGCCAGGCUGCAAUUCCUAAAAGUAGACACCAGGUGUCGCUGUGGGCUCGUUGUCCCGGCUACCCCCCAAUUCCAAGAACCUUUUUUUUUCUCUCCCCCUUCUCUCUCUUUCUCUCUCUCGCUCCCUCUCCCCCUUGGUUGGGCUUUGCCAACAUAUCAAGAUGCGUUUCGCCGGCUUCCAUCACUAACCUCCCGGAGGUCAUCAAGCCAAAUUUAUGAGUGGCCGCUGGAGUCACGUGACUCUAUUUAAGGCUCCCUUAUUUGGGAAGAGCGCAUAGGAUAAAGAAAGAGAUAUCUCCACCUAUAAAUUGUGCACUUUGGAGAACAAAAAACCCCUCAACUUCAAAGAGUCACAAAUCACCCUUAAUCAAAAAGGGUGCAGAAAUUUUUUUUGGGCCCUCCCCGCCAUGAGCUCCUACGUAGCCAAUUCAUUCUAUAAGCAGAGCCCCAAUAUCCCUGCCUAUAACAUGCAAACUUGUGGGAACUAUGGAUCGGCCUCAGAGGUGCAGGCAUCCAGGUACUGCUACGGUGGAUUGGACUUAAGCAUCACUUUCCCACCGCCUGCGCCUUCCAACUCUCUCCACGGGGUAGACAUGGCUGCCAACCCCCGGGCUCACCCCGACCGCCCCGCCUGCAGCGCCGCAGCCGCUCCGGGACACGCUCUGGGCAGAGAUGAAGCGGCUCCUCUGAACCCCGGGAUGUACAGUCAGAAGGCGGCUCGCCCAGCGCUGGAAGAGCGAGCUAAGAGCAGUGGGGAGAUCAAAGAGGAGCAGGCGCAGACAGGGCAGCCCGCCGGACUGAGCCAGCCACCGGCUCCGCCACAGAUUUACCCGUGGAUGACCAAACUGCACAUGAGCCACGAGACGGACGGCAAGCGGUCCCGAACCAGUUACACGCGCUACCAGACUCUGGAACUGGAAAAAGAAUUCCACUUUAACCGCUACCUCACUCGCCGCAGGCGCAUAGAGAUUGCCAACAACUUGUGUCUCAACGAGAGACAGAUCAAGAUCUGGUUCCAGAACCGCAGGAUGAAGUGGAAGAAAGAUUCCAAAAUGAAAAGCAAAGAGGCUCUUUAGAGGCAGCGAGAGGCCCGCAGAGAGCACCCGAGCCCGCUCUGGUCCUGCACCUUUCCUUUUCCGUUUUCCUCUCUCUGUAUUUUGGGGCAAGGGCGGGGCUGGAGCACAGGCUCCCGGGCCGCACAGACAAAAGCGCUUUCCCUUGACAUUCCGCAUCUCCCCGACCCCGUCACCCCCAGGUUCCCGCAGGGCUGCGCGCGCUGCCCGGACGCCCCUCAGUUCUGCUCAGCACCCGGGGCCCAGGGCAGGCUCCGCAGGGGCUCCCCAGAGGGCUGUGGCCUACGGGCUGGUGCUGAACGAACCUGGCGUGGGCUGCCUCUCAGGCUCCCAGCCCCAGCGUGGCAGCCAGAAUGAAGGUGGGCCCUGCGGGUGCCGCAGGCCCCGCGCCCCGACCCUCCGGCCUCGCCCUCUCCUUUGUUCCGGGGCUGAGGCCGGCCAGGCGGCUGCGGGCUGGCAGAGAGAGAGAAAGUGGGUGCUUGGCGGAGUCGCGGCCAGACUCGGGGUGCUUCGUUGUAGUGACUAAACUCGAUGUUCAUUUUUAAUGAUUUGCAUAUGAAAGGGGGGAUGACCGAACGUCGGCCUAGGGCCCCCUCGGUUGCCCUAGCUUUCCAAGCCUUCCCCCUCCACCCCAAAGCCCGCGAACCUCUCCAGCCUGCACCCUCUGCAUGCCUGCUCAGGCCCCCGGCCUCAGAACACUAACUAGCUCAUCUAUUAGGGUUCCCUGCCACUGGACCCCAGCAAAUAGUACUAGAGGCUCCCAGCUGCCCAAUAGUUCCUGCCACGACUUUCUCUGCCCUCCUGCCCCAUCGCUGUUAUCCAACUAUUUAUUAACUCCAGGUCUUU